GUCUGAAUUUGGUACCGGUAUUCACUAUGGGGCGCCGUUUACACAACACAGAAAUCAACAUGACAGCUCUGGAAGGGCGGCCUUAACAUUGGUUUGAAAGCCUGCUUUGUGAUGAAUGCCCCCAGAAACGUGGACGAUUAUUUACGUCUUGGUAGAAGGCUAAUUGAACGCAACAACCAGGGCGUGGCAAAAAUGAGCGGGAGAUGUUCCAGCAUCAGACUGGGUGAAACUGUCUUCCCGUUAUGGGCAGCCUCCAAGGAGAUCUACUCCUCAUCAAGUGCCAAAUAUUCCAAGUUCAAGUUGUCUCACGCCGACUUUGCUGAACAUCUCCUGAGAUUCCAUAUUGAGAAUAGUUGUAGCCUCUGCUGUGCAGAGUCCUACAUUGGGAAGUAUCGCAACAUUGGCAUUCAGACAGAGGACGAAUCAUCAUACGACCAGCAUCAAACCAAAGACACCACUGACCCAAAGCAAACAUGGAAUGAAAAACCUGCCAAGUUACAUUUUGAUCAUGCCUACUUUACAAUGGAUACAACACGAAUGAAGAACAAUAAAAAGCCAUCACGGAAACGUUGUCUCUCGUUGUUUCCAUUCCAAGAUGUCCCACCUGAUACAAAUGAUGAUGGGAGGGAUGUUUCUGGGGACGAGGAUGAUGACACGACAGUCACGGCAUCUGAACGAGGAUCAGAAGAGGACAUCAGCCUGUUUCCAAUGAACUUUUCCAAGUUCGUUCCCGAUGAGGAGAAAAUGGUGUCGCAGUGUGCAGAGGACGAUCUUGUGAGACAAGAAGAGAGAAGAGUCCAGAAGCAGAGGGAUUCUGUAGAAGGCAUCAUCUCUAAGAUCAAGCAGAAGAUACUAGGGGAGGAGGUGAUUGGAGACAAGAGGGGUGUCUGCGACGCUGUUGCGGCUGGAAGCGAGGGCGAGGCCACAGCGGACAAUGUCUGUGUUCUCAGUAAGAUGAAGACAGGCAUCAUCCGGGAAGAAGAUGAGGAAGAUUUCAUCACGGCGCUGUACACCAUGGCGGCUGGCAACGACGUCCAGUGUCUUGCGAAGAUGACCAAUCAACCGCAGAUGUACCCCGCCCAGGGCGUUGUCAAGACCAUCACCCAAGAUGUUGGCAUCUCGGAGAGUAAAACAAUGGAUACGAUAGGAGAAUGCCAGAUGAUGAAAGUGAAGACGAACUCUCGGAGCUCUGUGGAUGUGGUUUGCAAAGAGGAGGGAUGUAAGCAGCUGAGAGAGGGCGGGGCUGGAAGAAGUCGGACUAAGAUGGCGAAAGUUUCAAUUGGUUUGACUAGUUUGCCCUCAAUGGACAGAAGACAGCUAAUGAAAACUCAAAGAAUUUUAAGAAGAAAGGCGAAGAAAAAAGUGUUGGAGACCAAAAAGGAAAAGAAGAAACCAAUCCCCAAAGUUCCUGAGCAGAAAAUAUACCGCCCACAUCCAAGAUUAGAUGUCCAGCUUGCCAAGCUUCCAAAGAUGUAUGAGUGCAAGACAUGUUUCAUCCAGCUCCCUGAAGUGGAUUUGAUGAGAUCCCAUGAUGCUGCAGCCCAUCCUAAGGAAACCGCAUCACGAGGGAGACACCAAAUGCCUGAUGCAGUUACUGCAAGCAGUCUCUUUCCUGUGUUGGAAUUUAAACGAAUCGCCACCGAACUCCGCCAGUGCAAAGAGUGUAAAGAGUAUGUGGACAACAUCAAGGUCCACCGGCGGGUCCACUGGGUGAAGAGAUUCGUAUGCGACAUAUGCGGCAAAGGGUUCGUCUUUAAAUCCAUUCUAAGGAAACAUCAGAUGUAUCACAAUGCCCAGUGGAGGUUGUUCAAGACACACAAGUGCAGCGUGUGCGGCAAAGCUUACAUUGAUAAAACCUCUCUAAACGCUCAUGUACUGUCGUCUCACAACCGGGGAGAGAAGUGUUUCAUCUGCGAGCAGUGCGGGAAACAGUUUGCCCGGAAGAAGUCGCUUGCGGUUCACAGCGAUACCCACUUGAAGGAAAAACCCUUUAGGUGUUUCGAGUGCGGGCGCGGUUUCACCCAGAAGAACAAUAUGAAGCUGCACAUGAGGACUCACACUGGGGUGAAGCCGUAUCGAUGCAACUCCUGUAGUAAGGAUUUCCGUCACAAAGUAAGUCUGAAGACACACCAGAAGAAAGCUCAUGGCAUCGACUGGUGGAAGGAGAGAGAACGAGAAAAAUCCGACUCCGAAGUUUUGAAUCUUGGAUCUCAGCAGCCUGAGCAACAAAAAUAGUUGUGUAAUGUAAAGUGUGAUCAUAUUUAUUUGUUUGAUCCAGAGCCGACUCUAGUAUAAAUAAAACAAAUUUAAAUGUCUGAAAUAUCAACCGGAGAAUCAUGACGGAUUUAGACGGAAAGCUGGGGAUUGCUCAUUCUUCAUAGCUGCCCCUCGCCUAUGGAAUGAGCUCCCCGCGGGUCUGCGAGAGUCGAUCUCGUUUUCUGUAUUCAAAAGCGUCCUCAAGGCAUUUCUGUUUCCCCACCCAUCCUAGUUUGUUUGUUUUUCUUUCGUUGUCAUAGUCUCAUGUAAAGCGCUCUGUUCUCCGUAGAGCGCUAUAUAAAUGCUUCAUAUUAUUAUUAUUAUUAUUAUUAUGACUUGUGCCCUUUGGCAAGGCACUUGACCAUGAUUGUUUUGCAAAAAGUUGUUGGGAAGGUAUUGCAUUCUGCUCUACCAGCCAGGCUCCUUGUGGAUGUCUACAUCCUUACGGACUGU